UUUGCGUGUUUAGCUCAGAAAAAAGUAAAUUGAAAAGUAAACAAAACAGUGGCAGAGGAAGAAGUUCUCACCACGCCUCUGAAGGAAGGGGAAGUCUCAGUACAAAGCAUUUUCAGUUUACUGACAGAAUGGCAACAGCGUUGACUGCCUCAAGGUCUCAAGCACCAGUCUUCACCGCGGAAAGCAUGUUGUGGCUGUUCCUGUUGCUCCUGCUUGUCUUCUGCAUUGGCCCAGGGAGUACAGGGAAUCUAGUUUCGCAAACCAGCUCAACCCCAUGGAUGGUGAAUGGGAUUCUGGGGGAGUCAGUAACUCUUCCCCUGGAGUUUCGUGCAGGAGAGAAGAUCAAGUCCAUUACCUGGCAUUACAAUGGAGCAUCUAUUGCCUUCAUAGUGCCCUCUGAAUCCAAAAGUCCACAAAUCCACGUGACUAAUCCGAAAUUGGAAAAGCGACUGAACUUCACUCAGUUCUACUCCCUGCAACUCAGCAACCUGGAGAUGGAAGACACAGGCUCUUACAGUGCCCAGAUGUCCUCAGAGACCUCUGCAAUUGUGUCCAGUUACACUCUGAGGAUAUUCAGAAAACUGAAGAACAUACAAGUUACCAAUCACAGCCAACUCUCUCAGAAUAGGAUCUGUGAGAUCCAUCUGACUUGUUCUGUGGAGGAUCCAGAUGACAACAUCUCAUUCAGAUGGGAGGCCUUGGGAAAGACACUUCUAAGUGAGCCAAACCUCACCACCUCCUGGGACCCCAGGAAUUCCAGUGAACAGGACUACACCUGCGUAGCAGAGAAUGCUGUCAGCAACUUAUCCUUCUCUGUCUCUGCCCAGAAGCUUUGCGGAGAUGUUGAAAAUCAAUAUACACAUACCACUAUGAUUGUGUCUCUGGCUGUUGGGGUAUUCAUAGUCUUAUUCAUCAUCAUGCUGUUACUUCUUUGGAAGAAAAGAAGAGCAGGUUCCCUUCCUUUGUCUACUCAGCAAACACAGGGUCCUGCAGAGUCCACGGGGAACACAGACAAUGCUUCAGUCUCUCCAGUGAACAACACUGUGUAUGCUUCAGUCUCUCAUUCGUCCAGGGAAAUGGAAACCUCAACACCUAGAGAAAAUGAUCUUCUCACAGUUUACUCCACAAUUAAUCAUUCCAAAGAGAGUAAACCCACUUCUUCCAGGGCAACUGCCCUUGACAACGUCAUGUAAGUUGCUGAAAGGCCUCAAAGGAAUUCAGGAAUGAUGCAUCUUCUGAUCCCAUGGAAGAGAACGAAGAGCAGGAAGCUUGGUUUUCUGCCCGCCAACAGAAUUUGAAUAUCUGGGAUAGGAUUAUCACCUCCACUCCUUCGGAUUUAAACCUCCUUACCCAGGUCGAACACCUAAGGACAACAUCACUUCCAGCAUGUGGCUCAGAUAAUAUUUUCCAAUUCACUUCAGACCAAAACAUGCUAAAGAUAACACACCAGCAGACUGGCUCUCUCUUUGAGAAAUAAGCAAAUGGAAUUAUGGUUGACAGAGAGUUUAUAAUCCAGAAGACAACCACUUCUCUCCUGUUAGAAAGCAGCAGGAUUGUGACUUACUGGGCAAUAAUACGGUGUAUUUGUUACAUGUGCAGUCUCUGGAGUUGGAUAGGCCCAUGCUCAUAUCCUGAUACGAGUCGAGCAUCCCUUGUCUGAAAUGCUUGGGACUAGGACUGUCUCAGAUUUCCAUUUUUUUCAGAUUUUGAAAUAUUUGCAUUAUAUUUACUGGUUGAGUAUCCCAAAUCCAAAAAUCUGAAAUUCAAAAUGCUCCAAUGAGCAUUUCCCUUGAGUUUCAUUCGUAUUGGUACUCAAAAAGUCUCAGAUUUUGGAGCAUUUCAGAUAUUGGAUUUUUGGAUUUUGGAUGCUCAACUUGUACAAUAUUUAUUAGACGUACCUCCUGGGACAUAUAGCCUAACCUUGUGGAGCCUUAGUCUCACAGACAGAAAAAGGAAGAGGAUGGUAUCACAUCAGCUCCAUUGUUUGAGCCAAUAAUCUAAGUCAUCCCUAACUCCAGCGUCUUUGUCACCAGGCCCUUUGGUCUCUACCUCAAAGAUAUUUCUUGGACCUCCCACUUCUCCCCCAGCUCCUUGACCAGCAUCCUGUAUCACCACCUCUAACCUGGAAUCCUACCUUAACCUCAAAACAAUUCUUCUCACUUUUGUUUUUUGUCCCUCUCCAACCCAUUCUCCACAAGACAGCCAGAGUAAUGUUUUUAAUAUAAACUGGAUCCUUCAGUUGCCUGUUUAAAACCCUGUAGGCUUCCCGAUGCCCUCAGAAUGAAAUCCAGUUUCCAUGGCCCUGGUUAUUCUGGUCCAACUUCAACCUCAGCUAGCAUUCCCCUUCCAACACCCUCCAUGUAGCCUCCCUGAUCUUCUCAGCUCCUCUAUUAAAGUAAAAAUUCUUUAUGUUAGUUAUUUACAUCUGUCUGCAGACCUUCGUCUGCAUGCUGGGGUCCUCCUAUUGUUUAGCUCUUAACUUAAAUAUGUCACCUCCUAAGAGAGACCUCCCCAGACCACUCUAUCUAAAAUGAAUCAUCUAGGCUGGCAGCUGUGGCUCAUGCCUAUAAUCCCAGCACUUUGGGAGGCCGAGGCUGGCAGAUCAUUUGAGGUCAGGAGUUCAAGACCAGCCAGGCCAACUUGGUGAAACCCCAUCUUUACUAAAAAUACAAAAAAAUUAGUCAGGCAUGGUAGUGCAUGCCUAAAAUCCCAGCUACUGGAGAGGCUGAGCCAGGAGGAUCAUUUGAACCUAGGAGGCAGAGGUUGCAGUGAGCCAAAAUUGUGCCACUGUACUCCAGUCUGGGUGACAGAGCAUGACUCUGUCUCAAAAAACAUAAAUAAAUAAAAUAAAACAAAAUA